AUGCUUAACCCACCACCUGUGGUGGCUAUGGUACGCCCUACUACUACAGGUCCCAAUGUCAAUGUCCCAUCAACAUGGCAGCAUCCAAUCCAACUCUCACAAUGUCCAAUCCAACUCUCACAAUCCUCUGGUUCAAACUAUCCAAGUCUGCCGUCCAGUUCUAAUCCGCAGGCUGUGGGCACCUGGGCCUCUGGUUACUCUUUGCACCAUGCUCAUUAUGGGUCUGAACGUGAGCGCUGGGUUAAGCUUUCAUAUGCUGUACCACCGGCACAGACCAUUUCUCUGGAAAUCUCAGCGGUCCAUGAGGGUGGGGUUAGGCGGAAGGGUAGUCAUGGCAUCACCAUUGGGAAUAUUUGCGAGGGCAUCAAAGAUAUUGACGCUCGUAUUGAUGCACCUGGACUUAUGACAAUCGCACUCAAUACCAUCCUGCCAAAGAUCCGGACCUUUUGUGCUGAUUUUGUUUGGUAUGACGACGAGUUUGUUGUGCGGGACGGCAAAUGGGUAGACCUCUCGACUCACCAAGCUGGACAACCUUUCUUCCUUGAUCAAUGUUUACAAGCGAGCCGCAAAGAUUCAAAGACAGUAAACUUCAAGACCAAACAAUUUGAAUUAAUGGUAGUUGCACCUCAAACACACUGGCUGGAAUAUGAAGACUGGGUGGAACGAGUUGCAGAGGAGGCUGCUACCAGCCAUACCACCAGCCAUACCACCAGCCAUACCACCAGCCGUACCACAUGGAAUGAUGCAAUCGAGGACACUACAGAUGCUCCGACUCAGACUCAUAUACAACCAACUGGCAUAUCUAAGCGGACUCAUGUGCGAACUGAGAGCAGUCGUAGUGCUUUGCCUCCAUCCCCGCCACGCAAAAAGAUUGCCCCGGUAGUUGUGUUCCACUCGCCUGACCGUGAUGACUUGAAAGCGGCCCUCAAAUCGGGUGGUACAGCAAAUCUCAAUGUAAAGAAAGUAUUCGAAAAACAGAAUGAAACCAUCCAUUUCUACCCCAUCCCUAAUCACCCUCUAGCGGAGAUCUUACGAAACAAGGAUUAUCGCUCAUUUAUGCUCGACACUGCCGAGUCUUGGGUUGGCCAGUUGAUGGUUGACAUAUCCCAUGACAGCACUAUUGGGAUGGGUGGGUUCAAGAUGGCCCAUCCAGGAUGGCUCACCCUCACUCCUCCUCCAGUUUCCGGGCUUGGUUCAGUUCCGCGUGACGAAAUCGUGGUCAAACGGCCCUUUCACAGAGUUUUGUCACAGGCUGGUGGGUCGACUGAAGCCUUCAAGAUCAGCAGGUUUCCCAUCGUAGAUGAAUUGCCAAAGCUUUUUCGAGAAGCCAACGUGCUAUACUGGGCAAGCUCCCUUUUACAACUUACAUACGACUUCAUCGACCAUCGCCUUGCUACAUCUUGUCCUCCUCCGUUCCCAGUUCCGCGAGUACGAUUUGUGCAAGCUGGCCUUGCAUUAGCGUUUGUGCAAGGUCAAGCAGUCAUAGCGGCUCCCUCUGUCAAACUGGGCUCAAAAAGCAUCAUGCCAGGGUCGAAGCCCUGCCCUAUUCGAGCAGCUUAUCUGCUCGAAGAACUCAUUGACGGCGGCGACGAUGCAUUUGUCAAAUUUAUUCAUAACAUGGACGCUGAUCCUUUGCUCGAUGAACUUGACUAUGGCUAUGAUUUAGCGGUAUUCUUCGCAUUCACUCAACAUGUUCAAUAUGUGAAGACCAGUGGUUUAGCAUUUAUAUCUGACUACCAAGGAAGCACUUCACUACUGACUGAUCCUCAGAUAUUGACGGACCCAUAUGAUAUUUUCGGUGAAGGAAACAUAGAAGUUGCGGUCACCAUGUUCGAGGCACAACAUGUCUGCAACGACUAUUGCGAAUGGGCUGGUUUGGAUAAGUUUCACUCAGCUGACUCGGUAGAUGAAAGUCGCGAUACUUAG